AAAGAAGACGGCAAAGUUGGAAGCCUUUUUGGAUUGACGCCAACUACACGUUAUUAUUAGAAAAAGCAGGAAGUGUUUGCCGAUCAGCGAUCACACCUACCGCUUUCUUUGCACAAGUUACAGACAAGUUACAGCUAAUCUAGAAACAUUCAUCUGAUUAACCAUGUGGCGUUCUCAGGUCGGGGCAAAGGUGGAGGUUCAAGCCGAUGACGAUGACUGGGAGACUGAUCCUGACUUUGUGAACGAUGUGAGUGAGAAGGAACAGCGAUGGGGCUCUAAGACGGUGGAAGGGUCUGGCCACCAGGGCUCUGUUAGUAUCGGACAGCUGAGGGAAGGAGUGAAGGAUGACCAUUCCAAAGUGAAGCAAGACGAAAUGGCGAAAGGACCCAAGGCGUCCUAUGGAUACGGAGGAAAGUUUGGAGUUGAACAGGACCGAAUGGAUAAGUCGGCCUUGAGUCACGAACACAUGGAGAAGCUGAGCUCACACGCAUCGCAGAGUGAUUACGCCAAAGGGUUCGGCGGCAAGUACGGCGUGCAGAAAGAGCGCGUGGACAAGUCGGCCGUGGGAUUUGAUUACGCCGGGAAAACCGAAAAGCACGCCUCACAGAAAGAUUAUUCUGCUGGCUUUGGUGGAAAGUAUGGAGUUCAGACCGACAAACAAGACAAAUCGGCGGUUGGAUGGGAGUACCAACAGGGCUUGUCCAAGCACGAAUCCCAGAAAGAUUAUUCCAAAGGAUUUGGCGGGAAGUAUGGUGUGCAGAAAGACAGAGUAGACCAGGCCGCUGUAGGGUACGAGUAUGAGGGAAAGACGGAAAAACAUGCUUCACAAAAAGAUUACUCGGCUGGCUUUGGUGGAAAGUAUGGCGUUCAGGCCGACAGGCAAGACAAAGCGGCCCUGGGUUUUGACGAGUCUAGCAAAGUUGAGCUGCACCCAUCCCAGAAAGACAUGUCGAAGGGCUUCGGGGGCAAGUUUGGCGUGGAUGCGGAUCAUCAGGACAAGUCAGCGGGCUCAUUCGACGACAUGCAGGGAGUUUCGUCUUCGUAUCAGCGCACGAGAGUGGCUCCUAGUAAAGGUUCUGGUGGCUCGGGCAACUUGAGAGCGAAGUUUGAAAAUAUGGCCAAAGCAGAGGAGGAGGAGCAACGGAAGAAAGCAGAAGCGGAGAGGCAACGGAGACAAGAGCGAGAACAGCGAGAGAAGGAAGAGUCGAAGAGAGUCGAAGAGGAACGACAGCGCAUUCUCAAAGAGCAUCACAGGAAUAUGCCCGACGAACCCGAGGAGCCAGAACCCAGACAGGAGGAGCAAGAAGACCAGCCCCCUGAGCUACCCCCUCCGCGGCAGGCAGCUCCACGCAAGCAACCCGAGCCCGAGCCUGAGCCCGAGGGAUCGGAGAUGUACGCCGACCCGGACUACAUUAACGAAGGUGGUAGCAGUAGCGAGCCCGCGCCGGCCGCUGACGACAUGUAUCAGGAAGCAUUUGAAACCGAGCAUGAGCCCCAGCCUGCUGAUACGUAUGAAGAAAUCCCUCGCGCAGCAGUGGAACCCGAACAGCCCCCUCCAGUGGAAGAUGCGUUGUAUGAGGACAUGCCCGGAGCAGGCCGCGAGAACACGGAAGGGGGAGGUGGAAUGACGGCCGUGGCCGCCUAUGAUUACCAAGCCACUGGGGAAGAUGAGGUGUCUUUUGACCCCGGUGAUGUCAUCACCGACAUAGAACAGAUCGAUAGCGGUUGGUGGAUGGGAACGUGUCAUGGCAGUAGAGGACUGUUCCCAGCUAACUAUGUGGAGCUCCAAUAGAGACGACAUGAAAACCGACUACCUUCGAUUCCACUCCAGUAAGACAUCCGCUCAUCAGUAAGGUCAAGUUUAUAUCGUCUGUAUCGAGUCAUCUUAUAAAUCCUGAGGGAAACUAACCAAGAAGACAAAAAAGCCAUCACUACUUGGCAAA